AUGUUAUUAAAAAUCAAUUUAGGUGAGGAUGCACAGUUCUUCAUUACAGAAGCGGAAACUACUAUUUUCGUUAUUUCCUCAAACAAUAUUGGAAAUAUAUUUAAUAUUUUUUCGAUCAUCUUUUCUCUAAUUUCAGUUCAAAUCUACCUCUCACCGGUAGAAACCCACUGUUCCAAUAUCGACUACUUCCCCCAGACCGAGGAGGAUAAGUCAUCACCAGGCUUCAACGAGGACAUCAUGGCUCGUCUACAUCUGGCCCGUUCCGUCAUUGCCGCCUUCAUUCUCAGCUUCGUUGCCAUCUUUUGUGCCUUCUGGACCGGACUGUCUGGCUGCUGGAAACGAUCAGCCGGUGCCAUCACGGCUACAGCCAUUCUGAUGUUGACAGCCUGUUUACUCGCCGCCGGGGCCAUGGGACUGUGGCACACGGUGGAGUUCUUCGAGAAGGAGAAGGUCGUCGGCGAUGACUACUACCAGAGCUGGACAACGGUUCUCCGUGACAACACCCGCAUCUCGUACGAUUGGUCCUACAUCGUGGCCUGGGCCGGUGUGGCAUCCAGUCUGUUGGCCUCUAUACUGCUGUCCGGGGCGGCCGUUUGCCUUCGCGGUGAACGCGAAAAGGAAGAGCAACUGAACCUGCAAUACUUGAUGCCAGUGUAUCCUCAAAAGCAGCCCCCUUACCCCUAUGGUGGUUUCCCUCAACCUCAGCUCUACCCGCAGCCAUACUAUCACGGAUCGCAGUACGGACCGUAUAACUACUAAACGCGCAUCCUCUUAUGAUAGGCCACAGUUUAGAAAUCAUACACAUGCGAAACAGAACAAAUGCAAUUUAUAAGUAAAAUUAAACUUUUGACUCAUCUGUCCGUUAUGGUUGAAAUAAUAAAAACUUUAUUAAAUUCGAAAUCGAAGCGUCGCAUAGGUAUAAAACCGCGGAAACUGAUGCGAAUGAAGCCGAGAAAUAGCGCUACAUCUUCUCUUAUCACGCGGUUUUAUUUUUACUUAAAACCUGACUUUUAACAAUCUCGCCCACAAGUUUCUGCUUUUGUUCUAUCAAUCCUGUAGAAUAAUUCUAGAAGACCACAAUUUCCCCGUGAACGGCGAAGGGCAUUCGAUUUGCACGCUGAAUGAGCUGUUGAUUGAGCUAGGAAAACGUCAACUCACUCCUCUACAUAGAACUGACUUCUCCGUUGGGUCUUCCAUUUUAAUAUAACUUUAUCUUCUUGUCUGUAAUUUUACACUAUUUUGUAAAAUGUGUGUUUGAAUGGGAAAGAUUGUUCCCUUUGUGAAACAAAAUAAGAACAUAAGAAAUAAGAGAGUUAUAAUGUGCCUUUUCCUUCUACCCAUACUAGAAUUUUCGGUUUCUUAGUUCUCUCAUUGAUACAUUUCAUACAUUGUCAUAUAUUAUAAAUACAAAAAAAACCGGUGUCAUUCUAGUUUAUCUAUUUUUUCUCUCUGUCUUUCUUUUUGUGUGUGUGAGAUCAUUUUUCUGUUUCCGGCAAUGCUAUUUUACUUUUGUCAAUUAUUUUUAAGCUUAGAAUGACAUUUGCUAUAUUUUGUUUUAAGAAAGCAAGAGAAAUUCGAAGUUAGGACACAGACUAUCAGUAAGCUCUUGAAACAGAUUAUUAUUUGUUUAUGCGAGGGCAGCAGAAGAAAACUACAGACGAAAUGAACAAUGCGUAAUAUGCAGAUUUGUAUUAUGUAUAAAAGAAGAUAAUUUAAUACUAGAUUUUAAGGAACAGGAAAGCGAAAAUAUAUUUUAGUUAUAAAUCGA